CCUGUUAUCAACAAGAGGCCAAAAUCGGUCGCCUUCUCCUGGUUUAAGACAUAAAACAGUACUGGAUCACCAGUAGAACACGACGAGGUCUCGCUUGCCUUCGCACUCAGAACAGAUAGUUCUUUCAUCUCUCUAUCUUUGUUUUCUCCAGGAACCCAGAUAUCAUAACCAACCAUGUCUUCCGCUGUAGCAGAGUUGGAUAACUAUCUGCAGUCGAUGCUUGCCCUCAAGCCUCCGGGCGUGUCGGGUUCUAAGAUCAACAGCAUCACCUCUCUCUGUACUGCCAACGUCCAGAACGAGUCCGUUCUCAUCCAGAAGAUCUAUACGCACUUCAAAAAGGCUCCAGGGACACACAAAUUGGGCGUACUCUAUGUCGUAGACUCUGUAACUCGACAGUGGGUAGAAGCAGCGCGCAAAUCAGGCCAACAAGCUGGUAGCGCAGCUCCCGAUGGAACCUUUGCCGCUGGCGUGAACAGAGUGACCGAAUUAUUACCUGUCUUAAUGACGGAUAUCAUAAACAAUGCUCCUGAAGAUCAAAAGGAAAAAAUCAAGAAGUUGGUGGACAUUUGGGAGCGGGGAUACACUUUCCCUGCGCCGAUGCUCGCCUCAUUCAAGCAGAAAUUGAAUGCACCUGCACACAAUAUUGAAAGCACUACUCCCGAGGGGUCUCCAGCACCUAACAUGCUAGGCUCCCAACCCCAAGCCAAUGGUGCCACCUCAGGAACCCCAGCGCAAUCGGCGCCGGACACGUCGAGUAUUCUCAAAGCUUUGGCAGACAUGGCCAAACAGAAUACGGCGGCUCCGGCAGCCCCGGCAGUGUCCGCGCCUGCUAACCCUCUUGGUGCCUAUUCGACCCCGUCAGUGCCACAGCCAGACCCCGCGACACUGAGUGGACAGGCCGGCGUAAAUCCCUACACGGCUGGCUCCAUGGCCACGCCUUUCGCGGCGUUAAGUAUGGCCCCCACGCAGAGCCACACCCCCCCGAACCCCAUGGCGGCGAACCCUCUGGCGGCGCUCCUUCCCCAAGCAACUGCUGCAGUCCCGGCUCAGCAAACCCCUGGCAUGCCGGGGCCCGACGCCCUGCAGCAGCAGCUUCAGCUCCUGCAGCUCUUGGCUGCACAGGGCAUUCCGCAAGACCAGUGGGCUACCGCCCUGCAGAUCCUCAGCUUGUCUAAUGCCUCCGGCGUGGGCAACAUGACUGCCCCCCAGGUCCCCGGCUUCAAUUUCCCGGGCCAGAACGUCAACAAUGCUUGGGGUGGCCGUGCCGACUCGCAGACGCACGAUUUCGAUCGCGAGCGUGAGCGAGAACGUGACUACAUGCGCUCGCCUCCCAACCAGUACCGUCGCCGUUCGCGCUCUCCCGGCGGUUGGGAUAGACGUCGCGAGGUCUCCCCUCCCCGACGCCGCGAUAGCCCCGUCUAUGGCGAGUACCACGGCGACUCCCCCGGUCGCCGCGGCGGAGAUCCCCGCGGCCGACGUGGCAACGACUACCGCCAGCGCAGCCCUCCCGGACGCAGACGCCGCUCGCCAUCCCCUCGCAAGGAUCCAGCCCUGCCUCCACCGGGACCCAAGCUUAUUGAAUGGGACUACUCUAUUGGACAAGGAUGCAUUAAAGUUCUGAGUCGCACUUUGUUCGUCGGUGGUGUUACAUCAUCCGAGGCUCAUCUGCGCUCUCUUUUCUCCAAGUUUGGUAUCGUCCAAACCUGUAUCGUCAAUAUCGAUAAGCGCCAUGCGUUUAUCAAGAUGAUCGGCCGAACCGAUGCCAUCAAUGCUCGUGACGGAAUGGAAUCAUACAAGUCUGGCGACAUGCAAUUGCGAACCCGCUGGGGCGUAGGCUUUGGCCCUCGUGACUGCAGCGACUAUCAGACCGGCGUCAGUGUGAUCCCUAUCGAGAGGCUCACCGAGGCCGAUCGCAAAUGGAUGGUCAAUGCCGAGUAUGGCGGCACCGGAGGACGGCCCAUUGAAUCCGGCAUGGUCGUGGAAGAGCCCGACAUUGAGAUCGGCGCUGGCGUUUCUUCCAAAGCCAUCAGCAGACGUAUCGCGACCGAUACCGGUGGCAAGCGGGGCCCCGUGUCAUCGCGCACCCAGCAAGAUCCUCGGGGUGGUCGCCGGCCAGAACACCCUGACCCUCAAGGCGGGAAGCCAGUUGGUCCUGGCGGACCUAGCGGCUCCGUCGAUCGGGAAACCUCCAAUGUGGGUAACAUCGGAGUGCCCCCUGCCGUCCCUGGCUUCGGUUUCUCAUUCCCCGGCAUGCCGAUGUUUCCUCCGGGUUUCAUGAUGGGAGGGGCUGGCGCCGGUGGCUCCACACAGCCGCCUCCCCCGGGCCAGGGAGGAAACUAAGGUCUGACCCGA